UGGGGACUAUAACCUAGUCAAAUCGGCACAUCAAAAAGACCACCACACACACACACACACACACACACACACACACGUUGGUCGUCUCCUUUCCUCCUAACCACAGCUCUGUGAAGUGGUUUCCUUUAUUAUCAUAUUCAUUUUACAAAGUGGAAAAGGAAAGCUGGAAAAAGUUCAGAAACUUACUCAGGAUCACAAAACCACUAGGUGGAGUAGCCACUACUUGAACCCACAGGCCUGUUUCCAAAGUUAGGAACUUUGCAUAGUACUACCUCCAAACCAGUGAAUAAAGUAUUGUAAUUCUAUCCCUCUAAAUCCAUUCAAAGGACUCAUUUCAAUGUCUUCUAUAUCUAUUUGAAUCUUAUAACCAUCUGAAGACUUUCUGAGACUAGAGUAUUCAACAUGGUCUUGAGAAUAAUUUUCUAAUGCAAAUUGGAGAAUCCCCAGUGUAAGUCCUUUCUGACGGAAAAUUGCUGUUCUUAAAUAAGCAGGUUCAGAAGGGUUGCAUUCCCGGUGGCCUGUAAUGGAAUGAGUGCUUUACAUUGCAUUGAGGAUACAGGGAGUUUGGAACUUGGUACUACACGAGUCAUUACAAGGCGGUACUAUAAGGUAUUCUAGGUAUAAUUGGUACCAUAAGGUAAUUUUUCUAAAUUACCUCAUUUUUCAAGAAAAAGUAUGUUACUUAACAUGAGUAUUAAAAAUAAGAUGUAGACACCCUCCAAAUAAAAGAACAUGAGAUUACAUACGGUUCAGAUCUUAAAUAACAUAAAUUGGCAUUUGACUAAUUUCUAGCAAAAAAUAAAAUAACUGAAGGAAAAAAUAAUCCUGACAUUGAAUAUCCUGGGGCAUCAUAGUAUCAUGAUAAGUAUCUGAAUAAAUGGCAAGAAUUCAUGGUUUUGUUCUGCUUCUAAUUAGGCUAGGUCCUUGGGCAAGUGCAUUAACCAUUCUAGGUAUCAAUUUCCUUUUCUCCAAUAGGAGAGGGUUUCAAAAGCUGAUCUCAUCCCCUUUAUACUAUUCUAAAACAUAAAAAUGUCUAAAAUUUUCAACUAUAAGUAGGGCUAAAUAGUGCCAAAGGGUAAAAAGUCAUUUUUCUGUGAAUUAUUUAAUGUUUUUACCCUAACCAGUUGGAGAGUAUAUUGAUAAGACCUUUAUUUUUAAUAUGCAUACCUGGAGGUCAUCGCCAAAUUUCAUAACUACCAUGCUGAAGUUAAUUUCCAGGACUAUAGUAUUUCAUAUGUGAACUGAUCAUGCUGAAUGGAGCAUCAGCCACCCUGGACAGCAACUUUCCCUCCCAGGUCCUCCAAGAAGAGUUUUCAUCAGUCAAACCCAAGUGCUGGCAGAGAAUUCGAUUUCUGUCAUUCUCUAGAGGUCCUGCAGACACAAAAUGGCCUGUAGCCCCAAAUGAUUCUAGACUGCAGAGGAUGCAACACAGCACAAAACUGAUAACAUAACUGCUUUCUAAAGCGCCUGCAGUUCAUUGCUAACAAAUGACAUCUCUGAGGUAGCCCAAUAUUGUUGCUGGAGAACAAUACUGAGAAGAGAAUGAUGCCCUGGGAAAUGUCAUUCUUUGGUUAUUUGCAAGAUUGGGAAACCAAGAAACCACCUCAAGUCACAUGUGUUUCCAUUGCAAAGUAAGAAAUAGAACUAAAUGGCCGAACUCAUCAAAAUUUGCUAAUCUCAAAAAUCAGACAUCCAAACAUGCCACAGGCAAGAAGGCAAGUCAUAUUCAGUAAAAAGUACACCAGCUCAUGUCCAACCCGUUCGGCUUUCUAGAGGUAUAAGAUGUAACAUCAAAAAGCUUCAUGAAGCCCUUAUGUAAGUGAGAAAUUGUGGCUAAGGGCUCACUCUGGAAACUGACAGGCGUGAGUUUAUAUUUUAGCUUGGUCCUUUGCUAGUAGGAUGGCUUCAGAAUACACUGAACUUCACCAAAGCAGACAAUGACAUGACAGUAGACAAAACAGUGGACGUUUAAUGUUUCUUGUUUAAGAAAGUAAAUAUUGUCCCCUAACUACUAGUUGCAGAUCUAAGUCUUUUUUUUUUUUUAAUCUGUAAAGCAAGAAUAACAACAAAACCUACAUCGUAGAGUUGUGAGAAUUAAAUGAGAUAGUUCGCAGAUGCUUGGCAAAUAAGUGCUCAGCAAACGUUACCUGUUAUUUUAAAAAUGAACAUUUAUAUUUCAGUGGCUGAUAUUUUGCCGUUAAUCAAAAUCAGUGUUCUUUGGUUUUAAAGCCAUAAAUUCAUACUCUUAUUUGAACUCUAGCAAGUGAACGUGUCCUGAAUGAUAAUGAUUUGGAGUUUUAUCACUGUGUUAUCCUGUUUCCUUAAGUACUUUUUAAAGUACCUUCAUUCCCAUCUAUUUUUCACAGACUGUUACCUUGUGUUCAGCUGUUGGUUAUCCUCUGUGGGAAUCUGUGGUUUGUAUCCCAGACUAAGUGGGCAACUCAGGCGUUUGGAUGGAAAGUUGAAACACCAAGGAACUGAAGUGCGUGGGUUGCCAGAUAUGUUCAUUCAAAUGCUAUGGUAUUAAGCAGUCUGUAUGCCACAUACUAUUUUUAUUUAUUUAUGGCAAGAGCACACCAAUGAGGUUAAAUUAUAUAUAUAUAAUUGUCUCAUAUAUAUAUGAGACAAGCCUUCUCUUUUAAGGCCAGAUGUACUUCAUUUAGUUGGCAUAAUUUUGAAGAGAAACCAUUGCCAAAGUCAAUUUCGACAACUCUUGGUAGCAGUACAACGGUAACUUUUGUGGGAAAUGGGGGCGGGCGUGCUGUGUGAAUUCUUAUCAAAAUCUCACCCCACGUCUUAACCUUGAGCCCCCAGGUCAACUGGGGCCGAUCACUGCCCUCUGAGAACCGCUGGAACGCUAGUCGCUUAGGGUGGUGCCACCAUCAGUCACACUAGUUGAGGACUGCUCUGGCUUCUCCUGCGUGGUGAACUCUAGCAGCUUGGUUAGUGGGAGGAAACUCAACGCGGCCUCGGGGACAGAGCAGGAUCUGACUUCUCCCCCCUUCCUCCUCCUCCUCUUCCCCGCGGCGGCAACCGCGGCAGUGGCGGCUGCUGCCACCGCUGCUGCCGCUGCCGAGCUGGUCACCUGGGUGCCUGCGGAGCUGCUUGCCUGCUGCCUCUGCGGCCGCCUCUCGCGGUGCGAGGAGGGGGCGGCGAAGAGCGAGAUAUCCAUAGUAACACAGGAUGCGCCCGGCGCCGAGCGGGAACGAGUGCGGGAGGAGGAAGCCCCCGCGCGCCAGCAGCCCGCGGUGCUAGGCACUCUGCAGCCCCCGCGCGCCGUGCCCGAGCCCGCUUCGCUCUCGCACUUAGGGUCCGAUUGAGUGGUUUUAAAAAUCAAUUUGAUUGGCCACAGGAAACGGAUUUUGGCGUCUCUGGGGGACAGGCUGCACGACGAUCCACCACAGAAGCCCCCUCGGUCCAUCACCCUCAGGGAACCCAGUGGUAAUCACACUCCUCCUCAGUUGUCUCCAUCACUUAGCCAAAGCACUUACACCACUGGUGGCUCCCUAGACGUUCCUCACAUUAUCAUGCAGGGCGAUGCAAGGAGGAGAAGAAAUGAAAACUACUUCGAUGAUAUUCCCCGAUCCAAACUGGAGAGGCAGAUGGCCCAGUCGUCUGUCUGUGAGAUAUGGACGAAUCAGAACGCUGGAUUUCCUUUCUCAGCCAUCCAUCAGGUUCAUAAUACAGGAGACUGGGGAGAACCUUCCAUUACUCUGCGACCUCCGAAUGAAGCUACAGCCUCGACUCCAGUGCAGUACUGGCAACACCACCCGGAAAAGCUCAUCUUCCAGUCAUGUGAUUACAAAGCUUUUUAUUUAGGUUCUAUGCUGAUAAAAGAGCUCAGGGGGACAGAAUCAACCCAAGAUGCUUGUGCAAAAAUGCGGGCUAACUGUCAGAAGUCUACGGAGCAAAUGAAGAAGGUCCCUACAAUUAUUCUUUCAGUCUCUUAUAAAGGAGUCAAAUUUAUUGACGCAACAAAUAAGAACAUAAUUGCCGAGCAUGAAAUUCGUAAUAUCUCCUGUGCAGCCCAGGACCCAGAGGACCUCUCAACAUUCGCUUACAUCACAAAAGAUUUGAAGUCCAAUCACCACUACUGUCACGUGUUUACCGCCUUUGAUGUGAAUUUAGCCUACGAGAUCAUCCUGACGCUGGGACAGGCAUUCGAGGUCGCCUACCAGCUCGCCCUGCAAGCCAGGAAAGGGGGCCAUUCCUCCACGCUUCCAGAAAGCUUUGAAAACAAGCCCUCCAAGCCCAUCCCCAAGCCCCGCGUCAGCAUCCGCAAGUCCGUGCAGAUCGACCCAUCUGAGCAAAAGACUCUGGCCAAUCUGCCGUGGAUUGUGGAGCCAGGACAGGAGGCCAAGCGGGGGAUAAAUACCAAGUAUGAGACCACGAUUUUCUGAUACUCACCGUCCUCCCGUCCUCGCGGUGCCUUGCACGCCGAGCAGUCCCAGAGCAGGCUUUCCACCCAGCCCAGGAGGAAGAACUGCUCUGUUUGUGUGGCCUUGUCACGGGCGAGAGGCCGCUGGCCGUUCCUGGGGACGUUCUUUCUGCACAGUGACAGAAAGUGCAACCAAGACUUUCCAGCCGUAACCCCUGAAAGGCACGAGUUGAGAUUUUCGGCUGACUGUCCUGACUCCCUUCCCUGCUGCCACCCGAGGUAUUUCUGAUGACUCUGCCCCAACACUUGCUUUGCUGUAUUUGGGGAUAAUACCUUAAAAAAAAAAAAAAUACAGGGGAUCUCUAAUACUGCCUAAAAGUAUACACAUCUUGGGUUUAUUUUUCACUGUCAGCAGUUUUCAAGGUAGGAGAAACUCAACUACCCCCAAAAAGCAUCUGUAAAGUCAUUAUCUCACUGAGUAUUGUUUCAUGCAAAAGAACAAAAACUACCCACCCCCCCUGAUUGCCAGGAAAUCCUGUUUCCCAAUUUCUAUAUUUGUGAAUUUUAUAUGUAAUCAACUAUGUCAGAUAAAGAGAACCUUUACAUCUAUGGAUUGAUUCAAAAACAUAAUGAUUUAAAACAGAGGAAUUUAUUAUGCACAGAAAAAUGUGUCUUGUAUUAAAUAUUUUUAUUAAAAGAAUGUUUCACUAAUGAUAAGAAAACUAGGUUAGCUGUGAGGGAUGUUUCUGGUUUCACAUCACAUAACUAAACUUCUACUGCUACUACCAAGAGGACUGGCUCGGGCGUGGCAGAGUACCAGCGACUCUCGCCACAGCAGGAGAUUCAGGCAAGCAAACUGGCGUCUUACCCAAAGUGCUGACGCAGCCAUAAGCCUGCAAAGAUUUUUUUUUUUUAAAUCUUCAUGGUUUUAGAGAACAUGUUUAAAAAAAAAAAAAAAUCUAGGGCUCCUGCUGUCAAGAUUUCUGUCAUGGAAACCUCAUUUGAGAAAGGUGUUAAUAAAAUUCUAUUGCAAAAAAAAUUGUUUUUUCUAGAAAAAAAUAAAUACAAAAAAAAAAAAGAGAGAGAUUCCAAAGUAAUAACUCUUUUCUUGAAUCAAAUAAAUAAAUAAAUAAAUGUUUGCUUACUCUUUGAUUAAAUAAAAUUUACUUACGUUUCUUUAAGGUAUUUUAAUUUUUUUAAUGUCUCUGUGGAGUAUUUGUAUGAUACCAUGAUGUAUAUUUAUGUAGAAUCAAAUUAUAUAACAGUACCAAUAUCACUAUAGAAAAAAAUAACAUUUUAAUGUAUAUUGUUCUAACCAAUCAUAUUGUGAAUCAUUUUGAAGUUCAUUAUAGCGAUACUGAUAAAUAGUGGGAUUGUCUUAAUGUUUUUUUUUAAUUAACCAAUAUUAUUUUAAACCUGAUAUUAUCAGUUACAUUCAUCAGUUGGUGAGUUCUGAAGACAACUAAAUUUUAUUUCAAACUGACAGAAGUAUAUGGUUUUAGUUCAGUGUUGAAGAAUUUUAAUACAAUAUUAAAUUACUUGAACUGAA